AUGGCGCCAAAACGGAAGCCCUUUCGUCUCACCCCUGCUCCGAUUCCAAUCGGAAAUUGCGAGGUUGUCGUGGAAGCUAGGAGUUUUACCUCUGAAUCGAACCAAAAUAGCCUCCAAAUCAUUCUUUCGAAAAAUGUCAAAAUUAAAGUCUCAGUGAUGGAGGCGGCGAAAUGUGAAAAUACGAUUGACGAUACUCCAGGUUCUGGAUCUGAAAAAAAUGGUGGGUACUAUUUCGUGCUUGUGAACCCUAAAGAUUCAGGCGACCAAACCAAGUAUUUGCUUCAGGAAGUACUCGACAUGUACUCAAAAGAGCUUCCAGCAAUGAAAUUUGCAGCUAAUACUGGGAAGGAAUCAUUGUUUCUUGAAAGAUGUGUAUCAAACGGGAAGUACUGCACAUUACUUCUUAUAUGCAAGUCUAAUGACCAACUAGGAGAGGUUCUUUCUGCUAUCACUUAUCAAAUAGUCCCUGCUGAUACACAGUAUGCUGAAAUUCCAUUAGCCGCUGUCAGUUCAAUGUACCAGAAAAAGGGGAUUGGUCGCCUUCUGUACAUGGAAUUGAGAAACAGACUGCAGAAAGUAGGCAUCCGCACAAUUUUAUGUUGGGGGGAUCAGGAGUCUGAAGGAUUUUGGCUGAAACAGGGUUUUGUGGUGAUUGGAGAGGUCAACACAAAGGGCAGAGCACGGAGACUGCCUAUCAAGGCUGAAAUCCGAAAGGCAUUGUGCUUCCCUGGUGGUUCUACCCUUAUGAAGCUGCAACCAGAGUGCAUAGAGGAGUCUGGCCAUUCAGAGGGAGGGAAUCAAUUAAUCAGCAGCACAGCAUAUUCUCAAGCUGAAAAUCUUGUUAUCGAGAGAUUUCUAUUUGAUGGUUGCCAAGAUGCAGAUAGUGGAAAGCUUUUGGAAUAUAUCAAUACGGCUAACAAUUCGGAGUUUGGAAAAAGUGGAGAGGAUUUUGAGAUGAAGAAAUGUUCGUGUUCAACACAAGGGACAAAGAAAAGGAUAUGGGAAGCCUCACUUACCUCAAUGAAUUCAAAGAAAGUAAAGGGUGGUCAUGCAAUUGAUUGUCAAUCAGAUCCCAGAAAUUUUGGCUCAAGUGCUGAAUGUUGUUCUAAUUCAAGUACAUUUCUUUAUGGAAACAAAUUAUUGGUGGGUGGAGAUGCUUUCGCAAAUGACUGUUUGGAAAAGAACAAUGUAGAAUGUGGAGCAAUUGAUGAGACAUCAGAAGAUAAAGGCAGCUGUAAACUUUUGUCAACAGAUAUAUGCUUCAAAAUAAUGCUAAUGAAUAUUGCUGAUGACAAGAAAAAAUCAAGUUUAACCAAGAUAAUUGAGGACCUAGGCGGGAUUGUUAUCUCUGAUGGAAGAGUAAGCUCACAUGUAGUGACAGGGAAAGUGAGAAAAACGUUGAAUUUCUGCACAGCUCUCUGCUCUGGAGCUUGGAUUAUCUCACCUAGCUGGUUAAAGGAAAGUUAUCGGAGAGGCAGAUUUGUGGAUGAAAUGCCAUAUCUUUUGAAAGACGAAGAUUAUGAGGGCAAGUAUAAAGUAGAGCUGAAAGCUGCGGUCCUUAGAGCAAAAUCAAAUCCCAAUUCUUUACUUAAAGGUCAUGACAUAUGUCUCGCAGCACAUGUUCAACCCCCAAUGCGCACUCUAUCGACCAUCAUAAAGUCUGCUGGGGGAAAUGUGGUUUCUGGAAUGCAAAAAGUGAAUGAAUCAUCAAAAACAAUAUAUAUUGCAUCUGAAGAGGACAUGGAAGAAGCACUCUUAGCUGUAAGGAAUGGCAUGCAGACGUUUGGCAGUGACUGGCUGAUGACCUGCAUCAUGAAACAAGAACUUGAUCUGGAGGCUUCUCAAUUUGCAGAAUCGCUGUAAAUGCUCGCUAAGAUUAGUCAUGCUAAUCUUAAAUGAGCAACCCAUUGAACUAGGGAAGCAGUGAGAAUUUGUAAAUAUAUGUUUGUCGAAAUAACCGGAGUUGCAAAGUACA